GAGGGAGAGAGAGAGUGAGUGAGUGAGUGAGUGAGAGAGAGAGUGAGUGAGAGAGAGAGGGAGGGAGAGAGAGGGCUAACAGGGAGGAAGGCUGCAGCGUAAAGGACUAACAUGAGCGUGUAGCUCAAAUGCUUUCGCCUUCUCAAAUCAACGAAGAAAAGAAGCAGCUGAAUAUCUAGGCGAGUGGAUGGCAAUAGUCUCCGCGCGGUUCGUAAGCAGACUGGGAGAAGGAGGAAUCCCAAACGCCUCUCCCACUCAACGCCUAUUGGAAAGCGAAUAGUACAAGACAAGACCCGCUGAAGACCAUCACAUUUGGGAUAUUUUGCUCUGUGUUAUUGCCGAUAUUCUGCCUCUCGGACUCGUCCCUGUACUCAGCGCUAUUCCAGACGUAGGGAAUUCGAUUGUUUACGUAUGCUUCCCAUUACGAGGAAAGACGGACCGUAAACAAAAACAGGAGCCUCUGGUUUUGCAUAUCGCGUUUUUGCAUCCUAUUUGAUUGUUGCGCUCAAAUGAGAGAAUCAGGUUGAUCCGACUAGCGGUUUGGGGGAUUAAAUCAUCCCAGCAUCCAUCUAUACGUGCAUGUAUACUGAUGACGUGAUGACAUCUACGGGUAUAGCGACCCCCUGAAUCAAAACCUGCUUGUGAAACCGUCUGUUCUUGCAAAGAAGCCAGCUGCAUCUCACUUGAGCGUCAUCAUGGUGGUUUUUAACGGAGUGUUGAAGAUCAAGGUUUGUGAAGCUCUGGAUCUGAAACCUACCCCGUGGUCGCUCCGGCAUGCCGUGGGGCCGAAGACCCAGACCUUCCUCCUGGACACGUAUAUUGCCCUCAACGUGGACGAUUCGCGCGUGGGUCAAACUUCUACCAAGCAGAAGACGAACAGUCCAGCUUGGAAUGACGAGUUCGUCACAGAGGUUUAUGAUGGGAAGAAAAUCGAACUGUCCGUCUUUCACGACGCGCCGAUUGGCUAUGAUGACUUUGUGGCCAACUGCACUAUACAGUUUGAAGACCUGCUGCAGAAUGGCAGUAGGCACUUUGAAGAUUGGAUCGACUUGGAGCCCGAGGGCAAAGUGUACGUCAUCAUCGAUCUGUCGGGAUCCUCCAGUGAAGCUGCAUCAUCCAAUGAAAAUGAGGAGAGAGUGUUUCGUGAGCGGAUGCGUCCAAGGAAGCGUCAAGGAGCUGUCCGGAGGCGCGUUCAUCAGGUCAACGGUCACAAGUUCAUGGCCACCUACUUGAGACAGCCCACCUACUGCUCCCACUGCAGAGACUUCAUCUGGGGUGUGUUGGGGAAACAGGGGUAUCAGUGUCAGGUGUGUACCUGCGUGGUCCAUAAGAGAUGUCAUGAGCUUAUUAUAACAAAAUGUGCUGGCUUGAAGAAACAGGAAGACACUCCUGAAGAGGUUGGCUCCCAGCGCUUCAGUGUAAACAUUCCACACAUGUUCAGCAUUCAUAAUUACAAAGUCCCCACCUUCUGCGACCACUGCGGCUCCUUACUUUGGGGACUGAUGCGGCAAGGCCUGCAGUGCAAAGCCUGUAAAAUGAAUGUCCAUCGGCGCUGUGAAAGUAAUGUAGCCCCUAGCUGUGGUGUCGACGCCAGAAAAAUUGCUAAAGUGCUCUCUGAUCUCGGGGUGACGCCAGAUAAGAUCUCCAACAGCACCCAGCGUAGGAAAAAGUUGACUCCAGGGCAGGACCCUCAGCAACCCAUAACAGAAGCCCCCUCAUCAGAGGAAUCUGACCGAUGCAAAUCGGCUCCAACUUCACCUUGCGAACAAGCGGAGCUUGCAGAACUGGAGAGCAUCCGCAAGGCCCUUUCAUUCGGUCAGGAGCACAAGUCUUCCUCCUCUUCCGCAAGCAGCGGCGUUCAGAGCACAGCGACCGAAGGCCGGGAGAAUGGAGAUGUGAAGACCGUCCAGACGAAGAGAAUGAAUCUGUCGGACUUCUCGUUCAUCAAAGUGCUGGGCAAAGGCAGCUUUGGCAAGGUGAUGCUGGCAGAGCUGAAAGGCUCAGAUGAAGUUUACGCUGUGAAAGUUUUGAAGAAAGACGUCAUUCUUCAAGAUGAUGAUGUGGACUGCACUUUGACAGAGAAACGCAUUCUAGCCCUGGCUAGAAAACAUCCCUAUCUAACCCAACUUUUCUGCUGCUUCCAGACAAAGGAUCGGUUGUUCUUUGUUAUGGAGUAUGUGAACGGUGGAGACCUGAUGUUUCAGAUCCAGCGGUCACGGAAGUUCGAUGAAGCUCGUUCCCGUUUCUACGCAGCUGAGGUCACAUCAGCGCUUAUGUUCCUGCAUCAACAUGGCGUCAUCUACAGAGAUCUGAAGCUGGAUAAUAUUCUGUUGGACGCUGAAGGCCACUGUAAACUGGCUGACUUUGGCAUGUGCAAAGAGGGCAUUCUGAACGGGGUCACGACCACCACCUUCUGCGGGACCCCUGACUAUAUUGCACCUGAGAUCCUGCAGGAGUUGGAGUACGGCCCUUCGGUGGAUUGGUGGGCUCUGGGCGUUCUCAUGUAUGAAAUGAUGGCCGGUCAACCUCCGUUUGAAGCUGACAAUGAGGACGACCUUUUCGAGUCCAUCCUCCACGAUGACGUGCUUUAUCCCGUGUGGCUCAGUAAAGAAGCCGUCAGCAUUCUGAAAGCUUUCAUGACAAAGAGCCCCAGUAAGCGUCUAGGCUGUGUGGUGACCCAGGGACUAGAGGAAGCCAUCAAAAUCCACCCCUUCUUCAGAGAGAUCGACUGGGUCUUGCUGGAGCAGAGGAAGAUCAAACCUCCCUUUAAACCUCGCAUUAAAACCAAGCGCGAUGUGAAUAACUUCGACCAGGACUUCACUCGCGAGGACCCCGUGCUGACGCCGGUAGACGAGGCCAUCAUCAAGCAAAUCAACCAGGAUGAAUUCAAGGGCUUCUCCUACUUCGGAGAGGAGGCUUUGUCUUAAAGCCUAACUUGGUGUCUGUCAGCUCAAAUAUAUGUUAACACACCCACAAACACUCAAAAUCCCAUCGCAUCGCAAUACACGAACACACACUCCACAGAUGUUCUGAAGACGGGGCUCAAACCGGACCAGAGCAAAACGGCCAGUCCCUGUGGUUCAGUUCCCCUUUACUGCUGUUUUUGUUCUUUUAUUUCUCUCCAAAUCUUCAAAAAGAAAAAAAACUACUGCAUAUGGAUCUCAUCACAGGCCUCAACAAGUUUGACAACCAAUCAGAAAACGAAUGUUCUCCAGAGCCCAAGAAGGAAGGGUCGGAACGCACUACCUUAAACCAAAAUUGACGAUACCAAUGAUUGUACUACAAUUUCGGACUUCAAGUUGGUCUUCGUAAUCCCUUGAUGGAAAGGUCUUGCCCUUGAGGAGGAAUUUACCCUGCAUACGUGACAAUGUUGUGCUGUGCAGUCAAAUGCCUUUUUGUGUAUUCAGGUGACAUUUUGGGAGCAAUUUUAUAAAAUAUACAAAGACAUUUGUAGUAUAUAUAAAUAUAUAUUCCGUCAGUGUUAUGAAGGUCCAUUUGGAAUGAUAACCUGCUGUAUAUGGGUUGUGUUACGAAGUGUCGGCCUGAGUAGGUGUGUGCAUGACAUGUAUGUGUCCGUGUGCAUGUGUUUGCAUGAAUGAGAGCGAGAGGCCCUUGCCCUCCUGAAGCUCUACGGUUGUUUUCAUGUUGUUUUGCAAUGGCUUUUAAUUUGCGCUCGACUGUGUAAAGACUACAGUGUGCGUGCGUGUGUGUGCGUGCCGCGUCCCGCCGCUAUGCAUAAGAAGGUAUAGUCGUGGGCAGACUGACCAGUACCCGUAGCUGUCCGGUCGUUUUGUACAGAACGUAACGUGUACAUAGUAUUCGCUCCAAAAGCCUGUGAAAGCUUCUUAGAGUAGGCAAUUGUUUGCAUGGUCUUGCAAAUCGUGUCGUUAUUGAGUAGCAUCAGUUUAUGGACAGAAAAACAUGUUUUGAUAUCUAUGUGCAAUACCCUGAACACAUUUCCCCUAGUUCUUUUCUUUAUUUUUACAUUUUUCUCUUUCGGUUUCUCUCCGUGUGCUGAUUUUCUCGUGUUGCAUAGGUUAGAGCUUCACCAAAGGCUUUCUCGCUCUCUCUCUCGUGCUUCUCUCUGCCAUUCUCAUGUACAUAGUUUGCUGAAGUACAUAAGCUGUGGAAUGUAGUGGAAAAAUGUGUGAGCUCUUAAUUUAUUCAAUAUACAUGUAGCUCGCUUCCCUUUUUGUGUCAGUAAGUCAGUCGUUUCCUUCGUGUCUUUUUAUGUUGCUUUAUUUCAGACAGUUAACCUGCGUAGAUCUUUCAAACUAUUCAGUCUUGUUUUAAAAGUUUGUGAACCCCCUGUAGUUGAAUCAUUUACUUGUGCAAUGUGAAAGACUCUAAAGGAGAGGUGAAGUAAACGAAAAGGGUACAUUUCAGGCGUACUAAUUAAAACCUUCUGGAAUGUGAUGACUUUUGUUUUAGCAAUUGAAUGGCGAUUUGAAUAAGUGUUUUGUUGUUCUUUUUAAAAGUGGUUGCUGACUUUCAACAUUUCUUUCUGUCUGAAGUUUCUUUUCAUUUCGUUGCUCUUUUUUUUAAAACGUGUCUGUGGGUUGAUCAGGGUCUGUGGGUUGAGCUAGGUCAGUGUUGCUGAUUGUCUUUAAAGCCUUUUCUCUCACAGGCACUUUCCUGUCUGUCACCCUCACUGUAUCAUGCCAAAUGUCUCGUUCAGCUUUAUUUCCACCCGUUGUUUCCUUUUUAAUUGUAAAGGAAUGGACUUGAUAUAUAGGACGCAUCCUUUAAAGUCAAAACAAAGUAAAUAAACUAAGAAUUACCUCUUAAAUUAAGUGCAAAGAUUUCUCUGGCUGAAUAUUGAAUAUUUGCGCAUACAGUAUUAAAAUACAUAAAUGUUUCAUAUGUAUGAUAGUGCUGUAUUAUUUACAUCUGGUAUUGGACUUUAGUUUCUGUAUGGUGAAGCUUCAUGUGCACAGAGGUAUUUCUUUUCUGGAUACACUAGCGUUAUCUCGUAAGCAUUUUACUAUGUGCCAAAUGUACUGUCAUCUAAAGGAUGUGAAUGUUUUGUUUAACCUAUUAAACCCCAAGAUGUAUGAAAUA